AUGGCGCCUAGUACCAAGGACAUGCGACGCGCGGACCUGAUCGUGCCGUAUCAGGAACCCGUCGUCAAGGGCGAGGUGACGGAUUUCUCAUCCACCAUGUCGUCGACACUGCCCAUGGCUGCCAUGUUCAUGCGGAAUAAGUUUGUCGGAUGGAUUGCGGUGGUGUUUUCUAUCCAGACGUGGUUGGGCGAGAGCGAGGAUAGCCAGAAGAGCGGUGGAACGCCGGGAUACUUUUCCGUUGGCAUGUCUGUUAUGGCUCUGGCGGUGACAUAUCUGCCCAUGUUUAUUCCUCCUCCCGGCGCAAAGACUGCUCCUCCCCCUCCGCAGCCCCUACAAUAA